GCCCGGUCCUGCCUCCAGGAUGAAGAACCCGGUGCAGGAGGUGCUGUUCUCCCUGCUGGAGAAGUUGCUCUUCGUCUUCAGCUUGUGCUCGGCCGACCCGGGCGAAGACAAGGCCAAGAGUCGGUUCUAUGACACCAGCUCUUUCCUCCGCGGCGACAUGCUGGAGGUGCCCCGGUUGCACCUGACCCAUUAUGGCAUCUAUCUGGGCGACAACCGCGUCGCCCACCUCAUGCCCGACAUCCUGUUGGCCCUGACCGAUAACCCGAAGCUCACGCAGCCGGUCGUGUCGAGCAAGCGUCUCUUCCUGGGCGUCUUCUUUCGGGUGGCCAGCAUCCGCGUGGACACGGUGGAGGACUUCGCCUACGGAGGCGACAUCCUGGUCAAUCACAUGGACCGGACCCUCCAGAGGAAGGCGCUGCAAAACGAGGAGGUGGCGCUGCGGGCCGAGAAGCUCAUUGGUUCGUCUCCCUACAGCCUGCUUUGGAACAACUGCGAGCAUUUCGUGACCUACUGCAGAUUCGGCACCCCCAUCAGCACCCAGACCGACCAGCUUUGUGAGAAUGUGAAGACACUUAUUCGUGAUCAGAGAAGUUUUCUUGCUUCUGCAAUCUUGGGAUUGGUGUUUAUAGUUUAUGUGGGCUUGGCAUCAUUUGCUACAUUGCCUGCAAUUUUUAUUCCAUUUAUGUUAUGGGUAAUUGGCUAA